AUUAGUGCAUUAUAAAGUUCAAACUUUACUGCUAAACUCAGAAAAAAAACAUAAGGUAUGAUUCUUUCGAUUGUAUCUAUUCUUUUUGCUGUAUAUCUGGCCUCCUGUAGCAAGGGAUCUGUUUCUGCAGAAACAACUGCUGUACUUCUAGGAGGUUCCAGUGGUGGUGGGAGAACUGAAUCAUAUCCCUGUGAUGUGGCAAUAGGAGAUAUUGGUCCUCUACAAGGACUACAAGCUGCAGUUCUGAAUGGACAGAUUGUUUACUGCGGGGGAUAUGUUGGUGAAUACCGCAGAAACUGUUUCAAGAAUGAGGGAAUGGACUGGCAAGAGAUUGAAAGUAUGAAUGUGGCUAGAUCAUACUUUACCCUGACUACACUAGGAGACAAGAUACUUGCUGCAGGAGGAUAUGAUUCACAGGAGAGAACUGCUACUGUGGAGGUGUUUGACGGAACCUCCUGGAAGCUUCAACCCUAUGAAUUGACAACUGCAAGAUAUCAACACUGUGCUGUUCCUAUCAGUGAGAGUCAAGUCAUGAUGCUUGGAGGAUAUGAAGGUGCCUGGUUAUCUCUUGUAGAAGUCUACAGUAUUGAAGAGGGAUUCAUUGCAGAGCUUCCAUCAAUGCCAACUGCAAGGUCUGGACUAGGAUGCAGCAUGUUUAAGGGAGAAAUAUGGACAGGUGGAGGAGCCCAUGAUGGAUAUCUAGAUGUUGUAGAAGUAUUUAAUUCUCUUACAAACACCUGGAGGAGUGGCCCUAAGCUGACCAGGGGGAGAUACUACCUUACAAUGGAGGUGCUGGACAACAACUUGGUAGUCUUUGGAGGAGGAUUUGGUACAGACACAUACAGCCUGGAGUUCCUGGAUGGUGAAGCGUGGAGGGAGGAACCUCUUCAAUAUGGACAUUAUAAUCAUGCCUCUGUAUCGAUUCCUUGUAAUUGAUACAGAUGUAGGUUCAUUCUAUUGUAACUUAGAUUAAUAAUUUGAUUCAAAAUGAUUUCUUUUCUAAAAAUAAAUUGGAAUUAAUGCAGCAA